UCCUUUAGUUUUCAACCAGUAAUGCAAGUCUAACCAACAGGUCGAUCAUUUAUUACAGCAGAAAAACCAACAUCUACUGGUCAAUUUCUUCACAACUGUCGUCGGAACAAAGCUGCUGCGGUGUCUUGGUGCGGCCAUUGGGGGGCGCUGUGGUUUAAACGCUGCAGUGUUUUGGUCCAGACGGACCCUCUCGUCAUGGUCGUUGGUAGCGAGCCGCCAGUUGCCUAGUGACGAAAAACUCCAGACUGCUGCUGCUGAUUUCCUGCGUUUUCAAAACCUCGUCGCUGCCACUCCUCUAGUUCCAAGUUUUCUCAACACAUUUCCUAUGUUUAUCUCGUCUUCACCGCUGGACUAUGGUGCAAAAGUAGCACUUAAAUCUCGCGGGGAGCUCCGCGCCACGUGUUUAUCGUGUCGUGUUAUGAAUAGUUUUGAAGAAUGAUGAAUAAUUACAUCUCCAUCAGGGUCGUUGGGAAAGGGAGCUAUGGGGAGGUGAACCUGGUGAAACACAAGUCAGACCGAAAACAGUAUGUUAUAAAGAAGCUGAAUUUGACCACUUCCUCUAAGAGGGAGCGACACGCCGCAGAGCAGGAGGCACAGCUCCUGUCCCAGCUGCGACAUCCCAACAUUGUGACGUACAAGGAGUCGUGGGAGGGAAAUGACUGCCAGCUGUACAUUGUGAUGGGUUUCUGUGAAGGUGGUGACCUCUAUCACAGACUUAAGCAGCAAAAGGGGGAGCUUUUACCUGAGAGGCAGGUGGUGGAGUGGUUUGUCCAGAUAGCCAUGGCACUCCAGUACCUGCAUGAGAGGAACAUUCUCCAUCGAGACCUGAAAACACAGAACAUCUUCCUGACAAAAACCAACAUCAUCAAAGUUGGGGACCUCGGCAUUGCACGAGUUUUGGAUAACCAGAAUGAUAUGGCCAGCACACUCAUAGGGACCCCAUACUACAUGAGUCCUGAGCUCUUCUCCAACAAACCCUACAACCACAAGUCAGAUGUUUGGGCCCUGGGUUGCUGUGUGUAUGAAAUGUCCACACUUAAACAUGCCUUCAAUGCCAAGGACAUGAACUCACUGGUGUAUCGCAUAGUAGAAGGAAAGCUGCCACAGAUGCCCAGUAGAUAUGAUCCCCAGCUGGGAGAUUUGAUCAAGAGCAUGUUGUGUAAGAGACCCGAAGACAGGCCGGAUGUCAAACUUAUCCUCCGGCAGCCCUUCAUCAAAAGACAAAUUGCCAUGUUCCUUGAGGCCACCAAAGAAAAAACUGCCAAAUCAAGAAAGAAAGCUGCGAUUGGAAUUGGUGUUUGUAGAGAGAACAGCGAACUGUCUGUGAUUUCAUCUCAGCCCAAACCUGAGAGACUGCCUCCAAGUCCUCAGCGGGAACCUCUUGUCAGGGUGAAACGGCCUCAGAAAGAAGAGAAAUCACAACAGCGUAACAUUUAUAACGGUGUCACCGACUGUACUCCAGUCCAAACUACUCCACCACCACCCAAACCCCUUUCGCCCGAUGAUCUCAAAGUCAGCUCCGCAUCCCUGGCAACUGUCAGCAACAUCAAUAUUGAUAUCCAACUGCAGGAGGAUGAAGACCCGUUGAAGAGACAGCUGCAGAGGCCCCAGUCAGUUGGGUCACACCACCGGGCAGGUAAUGAACACGUGACUCGCAGUGUGCACAAAGACAGCAUUGGAAGGGGGAAACCAGAUCCUUCCCCCCGUCUUUCCCCCGUUAAGCUCCCUCUCAAGUCUGUGUCAGGUGUUGGCAGUAGGGGAGGCGAAGAGAGAUGGGCACCCAGUGGAUUGUUAGACAUUCAGCCACAGGCCACGCCAAAACCUGGGGAUACAUUUUCUGUCUUUGGGGAGAAGCAGAUGAAAGAUGUGGAUGCUAAGGAUGAUACCGUGGAGUUACUUCAAGAGGCUGAAAUGGAGAAGCCAAAGCUGAAAGUGGAGAAAGGGGCUGCUCUGUCUGCACACAAAUUUAAUACAGAACAAAUUGGAGUGGGUGUGGAAGUGAUUAUGGAAAAUAAAGAUGACACCAUUACUCUUCUCAAAGGAGCUCCAACACAACAACCACAUACCUCAGACAUCCAAGACAUCUUAGAAUCUACUGAAAAGCUGUUAGAGCCGCUCCCUCCAACUCUGGAGCCUGAGAUGGAGCAAACUCCCUUGCCAGUCAGUAAGCCGGGUCUGACCACUCCUUGCCAAACUCCCCCACAGUUUUCAUCAGAACCUUCUAUGUCACAGCGGCACAGAGCGAAAGACAAAAGAUGGACACAUGGGGAGCAGCACAAGUCUAAGGUGGCUGCUCUGAGACCUUUACCUCCACUUCCUGUUGAGAGCAGAGCCACGGAGGAGAAGAAGAGGAACAAGAGGAGCACGGAGAGCAAGAAAGCUGACAGGGCUGCAACCUCCACAUCAGUUAGUUCCUGUAAGAAUGGAUUGUCUCCCCUGCCACAGGAUCGUCCUUUGUCUGCCAGAGAGAGGAGGAGACUGAGGCAGUCCCAAGAGAGCGCCAGUCAACCAGGUGUUGAUGCUGUAAGAAGAGCAUCAUAUGACGUCACCUCCACCAAGGCUGAGCACUACAAUGCCCCAGUCUCCAGAUCUGCUUCAGACACUAUGGCUGGGACCAACAGAAAGCAGGAGAAGUUGCUGGAGCAAAGGUCAGAUGACGAUGAAUGCAGCUCAUCUGCGAGUUCCACAGAGCGUUUGGAUGGAGACUGCAGGGAGAAGAAGACUGAAUCCAGCGACAUGCAGGAUUUAGUCCACAUGAUGACUCAAACUUUGAGUAUGGAUGUCUCAGAUGGUGUGAGCGAGGUGGACAGAGGCAGAUGGCAGAUUGGCUCUACUGCGCUGCCAGAAUUUAAACUGAACAGGAAGUACAGGGACACCCUGGUGCUUCAUGGGAAGGGUCGAGAGGAAGCGGAGAACUUGUCGCUCGGUGAAAUACCAAUAGGCUCCCCGUCCGGUCCAGCUAAGAUAAGGAGAGCGAUAGAACAACUGAGGACAGAUGUGAUGAAGGGCCUGGGGGUCAAGCUGCUGGACAAAGUACUGGAAAUCAUGGAGGAGGAUGACGACACCAAGCGAGAGCUGUGCCUCCGUGAACAGAUGGGAGAUGAAAAAUACCAAGCUUACGCCGUGAUGGUGAGGCAGCUGAAAUUCUUCGAGGAUAUUGCCUUCAAGGUUUAGAGAAGAACAGUGUGUAUAGGCUAACAUACGCAUUUGUACUUCCUUGAUACCGCUUGUGAGUACAUGUUCACAAGAGUCAAUCAUUUAGACAGUUCUCGCAUCACAGAAUAUGUUGAAACUAGAGCUGAAACAGAUUAAUCGUUUAGUAAUCAAUUACUAUUGACAUUUCAAGGACCAAACAACUAAUCGAGAAAAUAAUCAACAGAUUCAUCGAUUAUGAAAAUAAUCGUUAGUUGCAGCCCCAGUUGAAACGAAACUGAAAGUGAAAAUGGUGCGAUAUUGUUCACAAAGAAGAAUUUGCCUCGUGAGAAAAUCACCCUCCUUUUCCUGCUUACAUCUAAUUUGAAUCUAGUACAAAAACAGAAUUUGAAAUUAAUCCGGUAUUUUUCAGGAUGCCUAUGCAAAUAUUGAAGUCGUGUUAUAGCACCUUGACUGUCUACUUGCUCUACUACGUGUUGUAGUCAUUAUUCUUAUUUUGUCAUUUGUUUAUUUAUAUUGUAAGUCAGAAUUUCAAUAAUUUCUGUCUUUGAUGUUCUUAUACACACAUUAUUGUAAUGUAGAUGCACUGUAGAUAUUAUUAACAUUUUUUAAAUAUUUCUAAUAAAUCCUAAAUAUAU